UCCGAUUCCAAAAUUUCGCCUAGCAGUGCUGCUGGGGCUCGCCCGCCGCCUUGGACCCGCACCACCACCCACCACCGGCAUCCCGGCAUGGCGUUCCUCAUCCGCGCGCGGCUCUCCGCGCCCGACGACGACGACGAAGACUACGGCGCCAGCGCAAGCACGGCCUCCUCGCUCUCCUCGGGCGCCUCGUCCCGCUCCCCCUCGCCCCCGCCGCCCCUCGGGACCCCGCGCACCGUCGCGGCCGUGCUCGGCGCGCCGCGGGUGGCCGCGCAGCUCUCGUCGUCGACGGACGACGAGGGGGACGUGUUCGACGACGCCGCGGACUUCGGGGACGAGGUCCUGGAGGAGGUGACCAACGGCUUCUUCUGCGGCGUCGCCCGGGUGCCCCCGCCGCCCCAGCCGCCGUCGACCCCCUCGGACGAAGGCCCGAUCUCCUCGGCCGACGAGACGCCGGAGGAGACUGGGAGAGGAGGCAACGCGUCCGAGGGGAGCGAGUAUUUCGGCGCGGCGGAAGAGGAGGGGUCGUCGGAGCAGCAGGGCUCCGCGGGCGCCAGGAGCGCCGCCGUCGACGUGUUCGACGCCGGCGCCAGGAGCGGAUUGGAGGAGGAAGGCGGCGUCGUUGUGGGCGACAAGGGUGGCUCCGUGGGCGUCGAGGGUUCGUUGGAUGGGAGCUUCCUGAGUUCCCGGAGCGUGCUGGAUGACGGCGAGGGCGCCACAGUUGGUGAUUUGGUAAAUGUUUCAGAUGGUUAUGUGAUGAAGGGUGAUGAUAAACAGGGAGAUCAGGAUGUCAGUUCCGAAGCUGUCAAUGAUGUGGUGACCGAGCCUUACAUUGGUGACAUUGUGGAUGCUUCGAAGGGGAAUAUUGCAGGGUCUGAGCUGGAGUUUGCUGAAUUGCCUCCUGCCGUGAAUUCCAUGGAGGAAGAAGAUGCUGGGAAGGCACUUCUCAAUGAUGACUCUGAUGCAGAAGGUAACAUGCCCAAGAAUGAGGUUUUCACAUAUGUUGAAGAUGCCAGUCCUGAACAUGUUGCCACAAGAGAUGCCGCAACUGAGCUUGCAGAGCUUCAUACCAAUGUUGAUAGCCCACAUUUUGUUUCUGAUGGUGGCCAUGAUAAGGGAGACAGGGAAACUCAUGAUGAUUAUGAAGCUUCUGAUGACCCUGCAUCCGUACAAAUAUUUGGAAAAGAAAUGGAGGACGAUUUGCCUGCUUCCAAGGGCACACGCUUUGGUUUGGAUGAUUCAGAUGAGGAUCAGGCGAAUGAUGCUUAUGAAGAGGAGGAGCUGGGGGGAAAGGAAAUUGAGCAUUUUGAUUAUGCAGCUUUAGCUGAGCUUCUGAGGGCGGCGAACAGAUCACCUGCACAAGGAAAGGCCAAGGUUUUUCCAGUCGAAACCUCUGAUUCAGUGCAACCAUCUCCUACUGUGGUCAGCAUUCCUGCAGCGAACGUGUCUUCUACUUCUGUUGCUGACCCCGCGAGCGUGAUGACUGACGAGGAGAAGAAAUUAUACACAAAAGUGGACAUGGCACGCGUCAAGUACUUGCGUCUUUUGUAUAGAUUGGGGUAUGACACCGAACAUCAGGUACCUAUACAAGUGUUGUAUCGUCUUAGUCUCGUUGAAGGCUUUAGGCGCAUAAGGAUGGCAAACCAUUCCUCUGAGCUUGAGAAUGCUUGGAACAGGGCUUUGCAGCUUGAGACAGAGGUAAUAGAUAACUUGGAAUUCUCCUGCAAUGUAUUGGUCCUUGGGAAGACAGGGGUGGGGAAGAGUGCAACAAUAAACUCCAUCUUUGGCGAGGAUAAAUCCAAAACGAAUGCUUUUCUACCAGCAACAUGUUCCGUGAAGGAGAUUGCUGGAGUUGUUGGUGGUGUUAAAUUCCGUGUCAUUGACACCCCAGGACUUGGGACUACAAUUAAGGAUGAAAAAUCAAAUAGGAAAGUGCUCAGCUCUGUUAAGAAGUAUAUCAAGAAAUGCCCUCCUGACGUUGUUUUGUAUGUCGAUCGGCUCGACACCCAACGGCAGGGUGGAAACGACCUAUCCCUACUGCAAUGUAUUACCAGUGUGCUAGGCUUGUCAAUAUGGUCGAAAGUCAUUAUCACUUUCACUCACUCAGCAGCAGAUCCUCCUGAAGGACCUAGUGGUUCUCCAAUGAACUAUGAGAUGGCUGUGACUCAUCGGACUCAUGCGCUUCAGCAAAGCAUCCGUCAGACAACUAAUGAUCCUCGGAUGGAGAAUCCAGUGGCUCUUGUGGAGAACCAUCACCUUUGUCAGAGAAACAUGGAGGGUGAAAAGGUGCUUCCUAAUGGCCUUAUUUGGAGGCGCCUGCUCCUCCUACUGUGCUACUCACUGAAGAUGGUCGCUGAGAUUGAGAGUUUUUCAACCCGUCGUGCUGCUUCUGCAAGCCUCUUUGGUAUCCGUAUUCAGAUGCCUUCUCUUCCUUACUUUUUAUCAUCUUUGUUGCAAUCUAGAGAGCACCCCAGACGUGCUAAUGAUCGGAACGUUGAGAGCGUGGACUCAGAUGUUGAUCUUGAGGAAUUGUUGGAUGAGGAUCAAGAGGAGGAAGAAUACGACUAUGAUCAACUUCCUCCCUUUAAGCCAUUAAGUAAAUCACAGAUUGCAAACCUCUCAAAAGAGCAACAGACAUUGUAUUUUGAUGAGUAUGACUACCGAACCAAGCUCCUUCAGAAGAAGCAGUUGAAGGAACAGCGCAGAAGAUUGAAGGAAAUGAAGAAGAGCGAGGGCAAUAGUCAUGAUGCACCUGGGAACAAUAAUCAUCCUGAUGAUGAGUAUGACAUUGAUAGAUCCCCUAUGCCAGACUGGGCCUUGCCAUCUUCAUUUGAUUCUGAUGAUCCAGUGUACCGUUAUCGGUGUCUUGAGCCUACGCCAAACCUUAUGGUACGUGCUGUUACCAACCCUGAGGGAUGGGAUCAUGAUUGUGGGUUUGACGGCGUGAGCCUCCAACACAGCCUUGAUGUUGCCAGUACAUAUCCAGCUUCCCUGUGGUUCCAAGUCAACAAGGACAAGAGAGAAUUCACCAUUCAUUUGGAGUCCUCGAUAUCAGCUAAGCACGGUGAGUAUGCCUCAACCCUUGCAGGCUUUGACAUACAGUCCAUGAUGGACCAGCUUGCUUACACUCUCAGAGGGGAGACCAAAUUCAAGAACAUCAAGAAGAAUGCUACUACCGGAGGUUUGUCCAUGACUUUCUUGGGAAACACCAUGGUGACUGGAGCCAAGUUUGAAGACAAGCUUUCAGUUGGUGAUAGGUUAACCCUGGUAGCAAACAGUGGUGCUGUGUCCAUGAAUGGCGACACUGCAUAUGGAAUGAAUAUGGAGGCAAACCUGCUCGAAAAAGACUAUCCCAUGGGUCAAGGCCUUGCAACUUUUGGUGCAUCCUUGGUAAGGUGGCAUAAAGAAUGGACCGUGGCUGCAAACUUGGAUUCCCAGUUCUCUAUGGGAAGGACUUCAAGAAUGGCAGUUCAUGUUGACAUGAACAACAAACUAACUGGACGGGUGAGCAUCAAGGCCAGCAGUUCAGAACAUCUGAAGAUUACUCUAUUAGGUAUCUGUUCGACGGCAAUGUAUUUGUGGAACAGGAUGCAUCCUUGUGUGGAUCCUAGUUAUGAGUAGAACUGAUAACGAAAGUGUCCAAAGCUGGCACUCCCAAGUCCCAAGGAACCUAGCAGUGCCUAUGGUUUUCUGGAGCUUCUUGACAGUGAGUUCCCCUACUUUUUAGGCCUGAGAAUAUAUUCUGUUUUAACCUGGGUGCUGUUUAUGCUUUUGGAUCACAUUUACAGAGAGCUUGAGAAGGCAAUGAACAAUUUCUCUGUCCUUUCUGUUGUUUAGUUUACACUUCGGAAAUCGCCAGUGUGACAUUAAUAAAUGUUGAUGUGCAAAAUGAAACUGAACUCCGUAAUAUUUUCUACUGCACUAUAUGGCAGUUCAACUUUCUACUGCUAGCCACACAUUAUAUAUGGCAGUUCAUGUUGACAUGGACAACAAAACCAAGAUCAGAAGUAGGUAAAUCGUAGGCUUGGAGGAACUCUAUAUACAUCAGUCAGUUGGCUAAUAUAUGUACAUUUGUCAACAGUUCAAAAACUGUAUACAUCAUACGGAGUAAGCUAACGUAUACUUCUUCAUACUGUUCUCCGCGUAUAUCUGUGCCAUGCCCCAUCAUGCUGCUGUCUGUGUUGUCAGGAGAUGCUGCUUUGUGUGCCAGCCGGUAGGUUCAGGCUGAACCCGCGGCGGCGCUGAAUCAAGAAUUUGGGCUGUCAGAGAGUGGGCCACCGUUGCAGACUGGCAGCGGCUCGUCUGUUUUCUUCAAGUCGCGCGGGCAGUGGGCACCAGCGAGGCGGGGAGCGAAAUGGGCCGCUCGACGGGGUAUUAUUAUCCGACCCCGCGUGGGCCGGAAUCCGUAACCAAGUCUAUGUGUGUGUCGGGUCAGUCGUCACAACUCACAAGGAACAGUUUUGCUGCUCUAAAAAAAAGGAACAAUUUUGCGUGAACUUUGUUAUGAGCAUUUCACAUGGUGCAGUGUAACGUGUUUCUUCAAUAAUGUAUUCCGGUAACAUGUUUAUAUAUCUGUCGAAACAAAGAGCUUUAUUAUCAA